AUGCGAUUGAUUUAAUUUAAAAACUUAGUGGCAUUUAAUUUGAGGAUAGUUUUUAUUUUAUAUUUAUAUUUACGAUUGAGCAGUUCCUAUUUUUUUAAACAAUAGAUGAUUAAUAUAAAAUUAAUAGGGGACAUUUAGGAUAGAAGAGAAAAUCUUUAAGGAUUAGAUUGUUCUCUUUAGAUUACUUUUAAAUAUAUUUUCUAAACAUUCAAAGAGUUAGAAAAUAAAUUUAAAUAGUAAUAGAUUAAUGGAUAGACUUUUUGCUGUUGUUUUAAUUUCUCAUAAAAUAUAAUAGUUAAUAUGAAUAUUAUUAAGUAAGUAAGAGUCAAAUCAAAUCAAAUGAAAUAAAAUUUAAACUCACCAUAUUACCUUUGGUAGUGGAUGUUAGAAGAUAGUUGGAUAUUUAGGAUAUUAGGAUAGAUUUAAGCAAGAUUUUAUUAUUAAGUUUUGGUUAUUAUAAAAUGGCUAUAAGCCAAGUGA